AUGAGGCUACCAAUAACAAUCCUCCUCUCAACCCUCAACUUUGCCUCCUCAUCUCCAACACCAGUCAACCCCCCAACCCCAAACAUCAACCAUAUAUUAUUACCCAAAGGACAAAUCCGCAAUGCAAACCACAUCUUCAACUCCCUCCACUCAUCAAUGCGCCAAUGGGGCUCCGCAUGGAACCACAACGGCAUGUCCUUUUUCUUAGCAAGCGUGCCCGCAGGAACGCAGUUUUAUCAUGGGACCAGUUCUGCAUAUAGAGUCAAUGGGACGGAGUGGUUGGCGUUUGAGCCAGAGCAUGCGUUGAGUUUUGCGAGGGCUCGGCCGCCGGGUGGUGGUCGUAGGCCGCCUGGGCCUCCUGGGGAUCUUCCUGAUCGUCCGCUAGAUGGUCCACCGGGUGCCUUUCCCUGGGGCAUUCCUGGGGCUGAUCAUCCUCCAUUUGAUAUGCCACCCCCGGCUCAAAAUUUCCUCGCAGAUGGCAGCAACGACGAAGACGAAGCAGACAAAUAUGGCUACCUACACACCUACACCGCCGCCAAAGAUCUACGACUGCUAUACAUCGACGGCCUCUCAGCCGGAAAAACAGACAUGGGCACCCUCGACUCCGGAGACAGAAUCUUUUUGAACGACAGCCUCUCAACCACAGAACAAAAGGAAGAAGAAGAAGAAGAUCCAGGCAAAGGCAAGGGCCCCAGCGGCCCGCCAGGCGAUGUACAACGCGCCGUUCAAGGCUGCUCCAUCGCCAAAAACGACUGGAACGAUCGCAUCGACGGCAUCCUGCGUGCCGAGGCAGGGUUUGAAAUAAUUCUCUGCGAUUUUGAGCGUGAUUUGGAGCUUGUGCGGAUUAGCGCUGUGCAUCGCGAGGAGACGCCUAUUGGGCAGCCUGGUCAUGAUGGUAGGGGGUUCGGCACAAACACAUAUUUUUACAGGUCGAUUGCGUCAAGGUUUGGUGGGAUUGGUGGUGAUAGGGUGGGGGUUAAUUAUGAUAACUUCGUGACGGCUUAUACUUAUGAAGAGCUGGAUUUGUUUGAGCAGACUGGGGGAACGGGUAUGCCGAGGUUGAAUCAUUUCGAGUCUAAGGAAUUGGAGCCCGUUCGUGAGGAUUUGGCGAGACUGGUAGUGGAGUUUGACGCUAUUGCGACGGCGACGGCGUCGUUUGACUGGCAGGGCGUUGUGGAUAUGAUUGUGCUCAAGUACUCGAAUCUAUUGGCGUAUCUUGCGGCGAAGGAAGUGGGUUCGUUGCAGGAUUUGAAGUCGAAUAUUACAAGUGUCUUCCUGGCGUUUAUUGAUGAUCGGGUGCGAGAUGCGGAUGUUGAAUCGGCGCGCUGCGCAAGUCAGUUCAUUCCUUCUUCGGCGAACUUGUCUAGUGUGGCGGGACAAGUUGUUUACGACGUCUCAUACACGAUAUGCUCUACUCUCCGCGCUGUGCUCGAUGACACCGAGUUUGAAACUGCCAAAUCCCGGGUCCUAGGGCUGGUUGAGUAUCUGGCCUGGACGACGUGGAAGGAAUGCAAGGCUAAAUGCGGGUAUAAUGAGGCGUGCUACAUCCCCAUCUGGCCGUUUGGCACUGUUGAGGAUCGGGAGAAUCCUCAGUGCAAGAGUCAGAAUGACGGGAUGAGUGGUGGGGAGAGGUAUUGGAAGGGUGGGUUUGGGGGUGGGAAGCCUAGGACUGAGCAUGAGGAGUUGUAA